AUGAUCGAAAAAGACUCGAAAAUCCUCGACUUGCCGCCACUUUAUCGCGAAAUCGCCGCAAAAAAUCUAAACGAAAGUGACGAGACCCGUUCUCAGGCCCUUCAGCAGCUCCGAAAAUGGAUUUCUGCCGAUUCAACGGUAAAAAACGUUCGCAUUGACGCGUCAUUUCUCCUGAAAUUCCUUCGGGUCAAAAAAUUCAACGUAAAUUCGUCGUAUUUGCUGUUCAAGGAGUAUUUAACGGCAUUUCACGAUUAUCCAAAGUGGUUUUCGAAACUUUCCGUGGAUGAAGAGCUGAUUUUGGAGUUGAUACGUGACGGAGUGCUCAUUCCCUUGCCAAAUCGAGACACCAACGGAUGCCAGACAGUAAUUUACAACUUGCGGAAUUUGAAUCCAGCGAAAUUUAAUCAACACGAUUUUUUUCGACUUCAUGCGCUGAUGUUUCACGUUCUUUUUGAGGAUGAAGAGACGCAAAUUGCGGGAUUUUCUGUCAUUUUCAACUUUUCUGGCAUGGAUUUGCGCCGAUAUGCGAUGUUCAGUAUCGUGGAUUUCAAUAAUUUUUGCAAAACUGUCAGAUUUGCGAUUCCAGUCCGAGUUUUUAAGGUUUACGUGAUCAACAUGCCGAAAAUUGUUCAGCCUUUGUACGAGAUAGCGACGAGAUUUUUGACUCCGAAGCUGAAAAAACGUCUAAAAGUGCUCAAAAAUCAAGAAGAAUUGAAAAAAGUUGUCGAUUUAAAGGAUUUCCCGAAGGAAUUUGGAGGCGAGAGUGAAAUGAAAGAAAUUUUGGAAGAAUUUGUGGCGAAAAUGAAAGGCAGAAAAGAGGAAAUAAGCAAAUUAAAUGACAUGAAGAUUGAAACAUUGAAAAGCGAAAAGGGAACAAAAUGGAGUUUACAAGAAAAAAUUGGAAACGAAAUUUUUGGAAGUUUUCGAAAGUUGACAGUGGAUUAA